ACAGUUUUUCAUUGUUGUCUUUUUUUCUAGCGUGAAGCCAAACUGUUGUUUAUUUUAUCAUUAUAUCAUUACAAUGCUGUAUGGUUUGAAUUUUGUGUGCGUUAAAGCCACACUACGGCGACUCCUUGUGGCUGAUCGGUUAGCGGGGAGCAGCAGGGGGAUCCUGUCUGCCGUUAGCCAUUGUUUGUAGCCUGACAAGUUACUAUCUGCAGGAGUUGGUGGCUGCUCUGCUUAGUCUUGGCUGAAAACAUCAAGGUUGCAGACAUGCCAAGUCUAAAGCUGAUUUCUGCGACCGACACACAGUAUUCAGCAGCUGUGCUGAAGUCAAUGAAUGAGCAGAGAAAUCAUGGAUUAUUUUGUGAUGUCACCAUCAUCAUACAGGACAAAAAAUUCAGAGCUCACAAAACAAUCCUGUCUGCCUCGAGUACAUAUUUCCACCAGCUCUUCAGUGUAGCUGGACAAGUGAUCGAGUUAAACUUCAUCAGAGCAGAAAUCUUUGAGGAGAUUCUCAAUUACAUGUACAGCUCCAAGAUUGUCCGUGUGCGCUCCGACAUGCUUGAGGAGCUCAUAAAUGCUGGACAGAUACUGGGAGUGAAGUUCAUUGCAAACUUGGGGUCACCAUUAUCACAAGUUAAGGGUCUUCCUGGUUUGUCUAAAGAGGCUGAAAGCAAAAGUGACGCAUCCACAGAGAUGAUGCCGAUCAUCACGGAGUCCUUCUCAAUAUCUGCAGAGGAAUUCAAUCAGACGAGCAGACCUGCAGAUAAUGACGAGGACUCGGACAGUGAUGUUAUGUUUGUCUCACAAACAGAUGCUCAAACCAGAGCAGCCAAUCAGAAAACCAACUCUGGUGAGAUCAUUGAUGUGGAUGUAACUGAUUCAGAAAAAAAUGUAGCAUCAAAGCAAAAUGAAGAAUCAAAUCAUGCAGUUCCAAAACACAAAGAAAAAGCCACAGCCACCGUGAAAACACAAGCCGCAAAGACUCCCAGUAUCAGUUGUCAUAACCCCAGUUUGCCAGACAGCAGCCCUCUGCGCAGUCCAGACUCCAGCUCCAAUAACUCGUCUUCCCCUGCCAGAGUUUCCUCAGGAAGUGCUCCCACAACACCAGCCAGGUCAAGCAGUUUCACCCCUGAACCUUCGAGUGCCUCUCAGUCCUCUGAAAACAGUGAUAUAAUGGGAGUCCACAAGAAACAAGUCUCUACUUCAUCUCAGCAGGGGAAUUUCAAAUUAAGGCUCUUAGAUGUUUCUGAAAGUCCAGCUAAUCAGGCUAACAUUCCCAAAUCAGCAAUAGCAGCAAAAAAGACAGUGACACUCAAUACAGCCACAGAGAUUGAUUCCAUUUCAUCAGGCUGUAAAGUUUAUGCCAAUAUUGGAGAAAAUACUUAUGACAUUGUCCCAGUGAAGGAAGAUCCAGGUGAGGGAGGCUCUAAAGCCAAUAAAGGGAAGAGAUCGUUAAUGGCAACACCUUUGAAACCCUUUGAUAAAACUUCCCCCCCACCAAAGGCUGGCCCAAACAAGAAGAGGACCAAAACUGAGCUUGAGGAUCACUACGAGUUGAUCAUGGAUGGGAAGACUUUCUACGUGUGCAUCGUCUGCAAGCGCCCCUACGUGUGUCUGACGAGCCUCCGCCGUCACUUCAACACGCACUCGUGGGAAAAGAAGUACCCUUGUCGCUACUGUAACAAAGUCUUUGCCCUGGCCGAGUACAGAACUAAACACGAAAUUCACCACACAGGAGAGAGGAGGUACCAGUGCUUGUUGUGCAAUGACAUGUUCAUAAACUACCAGUUACUGUCCACCCAUUGCAAGCAAGUCCACAACCAGGAUCCCAGCGGGAGGAAAGAGAAAGACGACGCAGACAACAACUUAUACCGCCUGCUGCCGUGUAAAACGGUGCAGAUGAAGCCGUACUCAUGGGCGAAUGAGGGGCCGGGGGUCCCUGUCAUCUCUGAGGAUGGCAGCUUGCAUCACAUAACCACCGAUGGCGAAGACGUCUCCUCUUCCACCCAGAGCAGGAUGUUGAACUGGGACGACAUCUUCAUUGAACCCGACGCACACCUGACGCCCGACGCCCAACCCCAACCCCAACCCCAACCCCCACCCCAACCAAGGUCAACCAUAAGCACUCCUCCACAAGGCGCCACAGAGUUUGACUUUGUUAUACCAGAGACCUACUGAGCAACACUCGCUGCUCCAUUACCUGUGCCUUUUAGGUGCCCCCGCCCUUUUUUCCUCUUUGGUUCCAUGUCAUCAAUGUUCUUCUGUAAGUUUCAAUAAUGGUGUCAGCGUGAGGUCCCGUCACAGUCUUUCCAUUUAACGAAGAUUAGUGCUGUAAUAUUGUACUAAAUGUGAUGAAGCAGAUCCACAGUUAAUCAAUGGUGGACUCUGAAUUGUGAGUCCGUCAGAGUCAGCUGAAGAUUGCACCAAAACAGGAAAGAGAUGCUUGAAUUUGUCUGUCGUGCCAGCUUCAACUAAAUUGAAAAGGAGAUGAAGCAAAUAGUUGCAGUUGAUGGAAGUGUAAUGUGACUACCUUUUAUUACUCUGCUUUUGUAUUAGCUUUGAACUUUGGUAUCAUUGGAAUAAAUGAUAAUCAGAUUAGCCACUAAACAGAGAGGUGGUUCACAUGCAAGAAUCAAAAACUGACCCAGAAAAAUAGGAGGUCCUUAAUGCAGAACUCAGUAGCUGUAAUAAAAAGGCAAAAAAGGUAAUGAACAUUUAAAUCUUCGCAGUAUGAGACAAGUUAUAGCUGUCGGAGGCUCAGACCAAUGUUGAUGCCUAAUGUCUUUUUGGUGUUCAGCUACAAAUUCUGUAUCAGCCAGGAAAUCUCAGCUGAAGGAUCUGAAGCACAAAGCACUGAAAUGAAACAUUUAAAUAGUGCUCUGACUUGUUUCAGCAAUGAUUUUUAACAUUUAGGUCAUGUUUCCGAAAUCAGUUUAUGACGUUAAGCAGCCCACUGAGCCCCAUUUAAUAAAAUAGAAACGGGGUUACCUACUUAAGAGUGUGAAACCUCAGUUGACGAUUAUGUAAGCAGGUGACCUUUUUUUCUGGUCAGGAUACAUUAAUGCAUUUCUGAUUUGUAUAAAAUACAUGAUGUCUGCCACAAUGGAGUAAAACAAGGUUGUUCAAAUGCAUCAUUAGCUGAUGCAUCAAUCAUGACUCGGCCUUUAACAGACACAAGGGUUUGCUGGAAGGAUCGUUCCUGGUCUCCAUUUGAGACCUAAUUCUGUACAAGAGAAUAUGAUCUGAAAUAUAUUUUUUUUAUUAUGUUAUUGUUGGCGAUCCCACAUGUGGGUAUUGUGGCAGGGAUGAUACAAUGCUUAUUUAAUUUUUUCAGUGGUUGGUAAACAAUUAUGGUUUCCUUUUUGUCCAUUAAACACCUUAUGUUUUAUUUUGAUGCACCUUCACAUUUUUGUUUAUCAUGAUUUCCAUGUUGUUGUUUUUUUUAUAUGAAAUGUUAUUUUAAUGCCAAAAUCUGCUGGCUUCAUACUGUAGGCUAGAGAUUUUGCAUACAAAUGUGAUGAUAGGAUUGACAUAAACUGAGGAUUAUUUCAGUCCAAACAAAUAGCACUUAGUGUUCGAUCAUGGAGAAGUUUUGUUUUGUAACAUUUUUGUUUUUUCUUUCUUUUUUCCUUUGUGUCAGAAGGUAGUGAUUGGUCAGUAUGAGUAAAAAAGUAGUGCUAACGUGGGAAUCAAUUCUACUUCUUGUCAUUCAGUAAAAUCAUGCCGAUUUUCUUUUUUAAUAAACAGAUUAACAUUG